ACUACAGAAGCUCAGAACCCCUCCUCCUCCUCCCCGAUAUUCCUCUCAUAAAGUCUCCCCUCUCCACGUGAUGAUUUGCUGUGGAAACCUCACUGCUGCCCCCUUCCCAUGGGAACAGAUUCCUUAAUGAGAUAGGACCCCCUCUCUGAAUUAUCAUUCUGCUCCAGUACUAGAAGCCGGAGCAGCCUGGAGUUCAGCGCUUCACACAUCGACAGAAGAGAGUUGGGAGAGAGAGAGAGAGAGGAUCAGCACCUUGGACUGAAGAAGAGAGAUCAGCACCUUGGACUGAGGAAGCAGAGAGAUCAGCACCUUGGACUGAGGAAGCAGAGAGAUCAGCACCUUGGACAGAGGAAGCAGAGAGAUCAGAACCUCGGACAGAGGAAGCAGAGAGAUCAGAAUCUUGGACAGCGAGAUCAGGAAUCAGCACCUUGGACAGCGACAGCAGAGAUCAGCACCUUGGACAGCGAAAUCAGAAAUCAGCACCUUGGACAGAGUAAGCAGAGAUAUCAGCACCUUGGACAGCGACAGCAGAGAUCAGCACCCUGGACAGUGGGAUCUCAGAAAGAUCAGCACCUUGAACAGAGGGAUCAGAGAGAUCAGCACCUUGAACAGAGGGAUCAGAGAGAUCAGCACCUUGGGCAGAAGGAACAGAGAUCAGGAUAAAGGCUCAGAAGUCUUCCUCUGGGUUCUCUAUGCCUCCCCUAUUCCUGCCUAUUGCUCUGUCUGGUCAUUUCACACAGUCCCCUGGGUGCCACGUUCUUUUCUACAGCAACCCUUGAAGUGACUUUUCAUUAUCUGGUUCUUACAUCAGAUCAACUUGGUUAAGCCAAUGGCUAAUCUCUUCUGGACGCUGUUCUUGCUUCCCAUCUAUACCACUGAGAAAAGCAGCAAAUCUCUCAGACCAGAGAUCCGUGUUGAAGGUGAUCUGGUUAUAGGAGGUCUCUUCCCGGUCCAUGAGAAAGGGGGCCCUGGAUAUGAGUGUGGACGUAUGAAUGAGCACCGAGGUUUGCAGCGGUUGGAGGCCAUGCUUUUUGCUUUAGAUGCCAUUAACAAGGACCCAAAAAUUCUUCCAGGAGUUAAACUGGGAGCUCACAUCCUGGACACCUGCUCAAAAGAUACUUAUGCUCUGGAGCAAGCCUUGGAGUUGGUGCGAGGAUCUUUGACUCGGGGUGAUGGACCUCAGUACCUUUGCCCAGAUGGAUCCUAUGCUAUCCAUGGGGAGACACUCACAGCGAUCAGUGGAGUAAUUGGAGGGUCUUAUAGUGAUGUCUCUAUACAGGUUGCCAACCUUUUGAGGCUUUUCCAGAUCCCACAGAUCAGUUAUGCCUCUACAAGUGCCAAGCUGAGUGAUAAGACCCGCUAUGAUUUUUUUGCCCGCACUGUGCCUCCUGACUUUUACCAAGCCAAGGCUAUGGCAGAGAUCCUACGAUUUUUCAACUGGACUUAUGUGUCUACUGUGGCAUCUGAAGGGGAUUAUGGUGAAACUGGCAUUGAGGCCUUUGAGCAGGAAGCAAGGGCUCGUAAUAUUUGCAUAGCUACCUCUGAAAAGGUUGGACGCUCCAUGACCAAGAAAACAUUUGCCAGUGUCAUCAGAGCCCUCCAGCAGAAACCUAGUGCCCGGGUGGUCGUGCUCUUCACCAAAAUUGAGGAUGCCCGGGAACUUUUGGCUGCUGCCCAGCAACUCAACGUUUCCUUUAUGUGGGUGGCAAGUGAUGGCUGGGGAGCACUGGAAAGUGUUGUAUCAGGUAGUGAAGAGGUAGCUGAAGGGGCCAUUACUAUUGAGUUGGCAUCUUACCCAUUGUUUGAGUUCUCAAGAUAUUUCCAACUUUUACACCCCUUCAAUAACACACGAAAUCCAUUCUUCAGAGAAUUUUGGGAAAAUAAGUUUCAUUGUCGGCUUAAUUCUUCUGACUGUACUAAGCAUUCCCUGCAAGAUGUGAAGUUUGAACAAGAAUCCAAGAUUAUGUUUGUGGUGAAUGCUGUUUUUGCCAUGGCUCAUGCACUGCACGACAUGCAGCAGAACCUGUGUCCUAAUGCCAGCAGUCUCUGUCCUGCUAUGAACCCAAUAAAUGGACGUCGCUUCUACCGUGACUACAUCUUGAAUGUGAAAUUUGAUGCUCCUUUCCCUCCCCCAGACACUCGGAGCAUUGUGAGAUUCGACAAGUUUGGUGAUGGAAUAGGUCGUUACAACAUUUUCACCUUCCUGAAAACAAAUGGACUUUACCACUACCAGAAAGUUGGAUACUGGGCUGAAGAGCUGACGCUCAAUACCAGCCUGAUUCCAUGGGCACGCAGUUCGGUGCCUGUGUCUCAGUGUAGUGACCCAUGCAAGAAAAAUGAGGUAAAGAGCAUGCAGCCUGGAGACGUUUGUUGCUGGAUCUGCAUACCCUGCCAGCCACAUGAGUACCUUCUUGAUGAGUUCACUUGUAAAGACUGUGGUCUGGGAUAUUGGCCCAAUGUGGACCUUAAGGACUGUUUCGAGCUUCCUCAGGAGUACAUCCGCUGGAGUGAUGCCUGGGCUCUGGGUCCCGUGUGCCUCUCCUGCCUGGGUCUACUUUCCACCCUGUUUGUCAUCUGGGUGUUUGUUCAGAACAAUAAUACACCGAUUGUGAAGGCCUCAGGCCGUGAGCUCUGUUACAUCCUGCUGAUUGGAGUGCUGCUCUGCUAUGCUAUGACCUUCAUCUUCAUUGCCAAGCCAUCCACUGGGGUUUGCACCCUUCGUCGUCUAGGCCUUGGCACAUCCUUUGCUAUUUGCUACUCAGCAUUAUUAACUAAGACCAACCGAAUUGCUCGUAUCUUCAAUGGUGCACGAGAUGGGGUCCAGAGACCUCGGUUUAUAAGUCCGGCCUCCCAGGUUGGGAUUUGCAUUGCUCUCAUCUCCUGCCAGCUCCUUGUAGUGUUGGUUUGGCUUCUCCUAGAGCCUGCUGGGACUCGUAAGGACACGGCCCCAGAUAAGCGAUACGUGGUGACACUGAAGUGUAACAGUCCUGAUGGAAGCAUGCUGGUGUCCCUUUCAUACAACGUUCUUCUAGUUCUGUUGUGCACCCUGUAUGCAUUUAAGACAAGAAAGUGUCCUGAGAACUUUAAUGAAGCCAAAUUCAUUGGUUUUACCAUGUACACCACCUGCAUCAUCUGGCUGGCCUUCCUGCCCAUCUUCUAUGUCACCUCAAGUGAUUACAGGGUUCAGACAACCACCCUGUGCGUGUCAGUCAGUCUCAGUGGCUCUGUGGUCCUAGGAUGUCUCUUUACUCCUAAACUCCAUGUCAUCAUGUUUCAGCCACAGAAAAAUGUUACAAGCCACCGCAGUGCCACCAACCGCUUCAGUGCCACAGGGGCAGGAGGGUCACAAGGUUCCACUAUACAGUAUGUCCCCACAGUGUGCAAUGGGCGUGAAGUAGUUGACUCUACAACUUCAUCCCUCUGAUGAGAGAAGGCUGGAGCUGAUGAUGUAAUGAUGACAUCAUGGAAGAUCAGGCCUCAUCUGGAUCCUACAAGAGGUGUCUAAGGAGGCAUCUGUAGUGACCAUCAGGAAUGGUUGCUCAGAUUUAUUGGUCUUGUAGGACUCAACACCCUCUCCUUAUAUCUUCUUGCACAAAACUUUUUUUGUUGGCUAUAAAACUACACAGGCCAUGAGACAAAUAAGGGCCAUAAGGACAUCCUCAGAACUAUGGCCUCCCAGCCAAUUAAGGAGAAGAUGAGGCCACAAGAAAGCAUCCAGCUCCUUACAAUGGAAAUAUGUACAGAACAAAUAGUGGCUGAGACGUUCCAAAGGAGGGGGAGCACUAGACAUGUAAAGUGUGUAUCUACAACAACGGAAGUAUAUGGUAGAACUCCAUAUGUGGCCACCAACUGGUGCAAGCAAUCUUUCUAGGUGACAUGGGGGUGACUACCAGAGCAGGUGAAGCAGCUGAGGUGCACCAAUGAUCACUGAGAAAUGGCAGAAGACUCUCGAGGCCACAGGAAGGAAAAGACACUGGAAAAUGAGUGGAGACCAUCAUAUCCAGAAAAUUUUUAUGUGCUAAACUCGCUCACUGCCAAUGCUAAUCAUGGUGGAGAGGGCCCCAAUGUAAGGCCCCUUUCACACUAUAAAACUCAUCUGUUAAAAUUUCCGUUAUAAACGUCUGUUAGAAAAGCUUUAAAAAUGGAUGUUAAACGUCUGUUACAAAAUCCCUUUCAAGUCUAUGGGAUUUUUUGAUUAUCCGUUAUGACCCGUUAUAGCCCGUCAUGAAUAAUGGACAUUAGUUGUGAUGGAAGAAAAAAAGGCACAUGCACAAAUUUUUCUUCUGUCACAAAAAACUGGUAAAUUAACGGCCGUUAUUUUUAACAUUGA